UCUGCCAGUCAAUCUGUCAUGUCUAGAUCGAUCGAAUUUAAACACCUAGGGUUAACGUGAAUCACCGAUUCGCGAUGAUGAAUAAAAAAUAAGAAAUAUUAAUUUAACGUUUUAAUGCAUCAGUGACGUACGGGAAAAAUGAGAAAACAAAUAGUGCGUGUGUCUACCCGGUCUCUUAUUUGUUCCAUCAGUGCAGCAUAGAUUACCAAUCGCGUAUGAGACUUCAGAGGAAAAUUAUCGUGAAAUAAUUUCGCAUGAAAGCGUAGAAUUAUUGAAUGAAAUCGACGAAUCAAUGAACAAAUAAAAAAUGAAAAUAAGAAUUGAAUUUUUUACUUGAUAAAAAAGUCGCCGGAAAUUUUUUUGCUAGUGUUUAAUUUUUUUAUUUGCGAUUUUUCAUUUUUGUCGCGGGAUUUUUUCAAUGUGAAUUAAAAAUAUGUUUGGUGAUUUUUUUUAUUUUUUUAGUGGUUUUCGGUUCUGUUGAGGGGCUUUAGGGUUUUGGAUGUGAAAUAGAAAUAUGAAAUCCCGAUGGAAUUCUAUAGAUUACUUUUACCUCGGAUUCUGAAGUGAGUGAAAUGUAAUUAGAUCCGGGGGUGAGAGUCCAAGUUCCUCGUGCUUGUGAUUUAUUUUUCUUUUGAAAUAAAAGUUUUGAAGGUUUUUUCUUUAACUCGCCGGAAAUUUUCACGUCAGAUAUCCGGAUAUACAGGACAUACAGGAGUUUUCGCCAAGUUGGCAUUUCAUGUCAACGAUGGAGGAAACAGAGGCUGCCCUCACCAAAACGUCAUUCGGAAUGAACGAAACUGACGUGGAAGAACUCCCCAUUGACAUGCGGUUCAACGAGGGUCACGUAGUGAGCAUCAUCACCUACAGUGUCUUGAUGGUCAUCUCGAUAAUUGGAAACAGUACAGUUCUCUCCCUGAUCCUCCAGAGGAGGAGAUCAAAUCGUUCCAGGAUCAAUACAAUGCUGAUGCACCUGGCGGUGGCAGAUUUGUUGGUGGCAGUUCUCAUGAUGCCGUUGGAGAUCGGCUGGGCAGCGACGGUGUCCUGGAGAGCUGGAGACGCCAUGUGCCGGAUCAUGGCGUUCUUCCGGAUCUUCGGGAUUUAUUUGUCUUCAUUCAUCCUCGUUUGCAUCAGUGUUGACAGGUAUUACGCGGUUCUGAAGCCCCUGCAGUUGAUGGACGUUGACAGAAGAGGAAAAAUAAUGCUCGUCGGGGCUUGGAUGGGGUCGAUACUUUGUUCAGCACCUCAGAUGAUAAUUUUCCACGUAGAGGCACACCCCAACCACACCUGGUACGAGCAAUGCAUCACCCUCCACUCAUUUCCAACAGGUGGUCAUGAGCUCACGUACUCUCUCUUCGGAAUGAUCAUGAUGUACUGUUUCCCAUUGACAGUCAUAAUCUUCACGUACUCAAGUAUUCUCCUCGAGAUCUACAGGAAGUCCCGUGAGUCAGUGCACGACAGAAUACGGAGGUCGUCGUUGGGCUUUCUGGGGAGGGCUAAGAUAAGGACACUCAAGAUGACCAUCAUUAUUGUCCUCGUUUUCUUCGUCUGCUGGACACCUUACUACAUCAUGUGUAUUUGGUAUUGGUUCGACCCUAAAAGUGCAAAAACCGUGGAUCAGCGCGUUCAAAGGGCCCUCUUUCUCUUCGCCUGCACCAACUCCUGCAUGAACCCCAUCGUCUACGGUGCCUUCAACAUCCGGGGAAACACAAAAAAUUCAACGUCCCAGCGUGGUGGAACACUCGGCAAGAAGACAUCAAUAGAGAAUGUCGUCUGUCGUGUGUCGUGGAAACGUCCUGACACUGGCUCACGGGAGCCGAGUCUACCCAAUCAGGACACACCCGACACUGACGUGUCCCUCGAUAUUGCCAAUCAACUGUCACACACCAUCAGGAAAAAUCAUGACAGUAAGGACGAUCAACAUCCCAGACUCUUCAUUAAGUUUCGAUUAUUUCGUUAUCACCCCAUAUCGUGGCAAUGGAUCAUUUGGAAAUUCAGAAAUAAAUUCUACAUUACGUGAAAUAAUAAAUUCCACUACUUAUUAUUCAUUUUGUUUUUUAUCAAUCGAUGAUAAAAAAUUAAUCAGCUAAUUCAUCAAUUACUCUCUAGAUUAUUUAUUAAGAGGUAGAAAAUGUUCUAGUUUCCGAAACAUCUUGUUUUUUAUCAAUUUUAUUAAUUUAAUUAGGUUGCGCAGAUUUUUUUAAUGGAUAUUAAUCAUCGAGGAAAAUUCAUUGAGUGUUGUUUCAUUCACUUUAUUCCAAGAACUGUUCAUGUUUUGGAUUCAUUGAUGAUGACAAAUUAAUCUUUUAAUUCAUUAAUUAUUCUCUAGAUUAUUUACUAAGAUGUAGACAAUGUUUUAGUUUCCAAAUCAUUUUGUUUUUUAAUUUUACCAUUUAAUUAUGUUCUGUAGAUUUUUUAAUUGA